ACAGAAAACAAAUCUACUCUUUCAGAGAAAAACAAAAGCAUAAUGGCUGGUCUCAAUGAAGUCGUUCCGACAAUAGACUUGAAAGAGGUUCGGGAUGAGAUGUUGAACCAGCAGAUACGUGAGGCAAGUGAGAGAUGGGGUUGUUUUAAGGUGAUCAACCAUGGAGUUUCUUUGUCUUUGAUGUCUGAGAUGAAGAAAGCUGUUACAGAUCUCCAUGAACGUCCACACGAGGUGAAACUACGAAACACUGAUGUGAUACUAUCGAGUGGUUACAAGGCUAUAAGUGAGUUAAAUCCUUUAUAUGAAUCAUUUGGUCUUUUUGACGUCGCCUCUCCUCAAGCUAUCAAUACUUUUUGUGACAAACUCGAGGCCUCUGAUGAACAAAGAAAGAUCAUGGUGAACUAUGGCAAAGCUAUGGAUGGCCUUGCAAAAGAUUUAGCAAGGAGAUUAGCAAAGAGUUAUGAGGUAGCGGAUAACGACAUAUGCAAAGAAUGGCCAUGCCAGUUUCGGAUUAGCAAAUAUCAUUUCAAACCUGAAACAGUUGGUAAAAAUGGUCUGAUAUUACACACCGAUCCUGGAUUCUUAACAAUUGUUCACGGUGAUGACGAUGUGGGUGGACUUGAGGCCAUGGACCCUUCUUCAGGAACCUUUUUCCCCAUAAACACUUCGCCAAACACACUUACUGUCAACCUUGGUGACAUGGCUAAGAUAUGGAGCAAUGGGAGGUUGUGCAAUGUGAAGCAUAGAGUGCAAUGCAAAGAAGCAAAAAUGAGGAUUACUAUCUCCACCUUCCUAUUAAUACCAAUGGAUAAAGUUGUUGAGCCUCCAAGGGCAUUUGUGGAUGCUAAACAUCCACGUCUAUACAAGCCUAUCAGCGAUGGAGAACUUAGAAAGAUUAGGCUGAGCAACAACAUGCAUGACGGAGAAUCUCUCCGGUUUGUAACCCUGAAAUAAUAAUAUGACCCAACGAUACAAUAAGGCGGUUGUCAUACAAAUCAAAAUCUAUAUGGGUGGUGUCUCCACGAAAAUGUUUUGUGUUUUCUCCUAAUAAGAGUUACAAAUAAUGAAAUAAAGAUAAACCUUC